CCUGUGUCCUGUGUCCAGCCACGAUGGCGGUGCCCAUGAACAUCGGCGCACUCUUGCAAUCAGAAAUAAUAGAAGACGCUCUCGACAAAGAGGAAGGCGUUUGUGUAUUGGGAAUAUUUGGGAAAAGUGCAAUGCAACCGGGAUCAGCAAAAGAUGCUCUUAUAAACACAUUAGCAGACAAACACAUUUUCUCUAUCUUUGGGAGCGACGACACUGACAACCUGGGUGGAGGCGCAUCUAUCCAGGCGUAUUAUAACCAGGAGAACCGUGUACUGUAUCUGGUAUUAACAUCUGUUUUUGAUAACCGCCAGCUUAUUCGGGCGUGUGAGUCGUUGACGGUGGGUUUGGGUUACGCGGAAGCGCAUGAGUUUUGGAAGGCGGCAGAGAAAGACCACUGUUUGCAGCUGCUGUAUCUGUUCUCGUUGUGCCAUGUUCUUUUGCUGGUGCAUCCCACAUGUUCGUUUGACGUUACUUACGAUAGAAUGUUUCGCGCUUUGGACGCGCUACGUCAAAAAGCGCUUCCGCUGAUGCGCGCCGCGAUCAAAGAUUCGCCCGUAUCAAAAGAAUGGAAGUUAAACUGUCGGCCGUGUCCUCCGCGCUUGCUGUUCGUGUUCCAGAUGAAUGGCGCGCUCAGAAUCAGUUCCUCUGGCAUGGGUGGGAAUGGCACGGAUGGCUCUGGGGGGGAUAAACCAAAAAAACACUCUCCUAGAAGGCGGCUACAGCAUGCACUGGAGGAUCAGAUAUACAGGAUAUUCAGAAAAAGUCGUGUACUUACCAACCAAAGUAGUAACUGUCUAUUUACAGUGCCUGCCAACCAGGCUUUUGUUUAUGUAGUGCCAGGACCAGAUGAGGACCCCAUCAGCUCUCUGCUGGGACACCUGCGGUCCAACUGUGUCCUGAGAGAGAAUGAAGGUGGCACACCUGUACCCGGGCAAAGGCGCUACCAACAGAUGCGCCACUCUAAUAGACAGCCGUCUUUUAAUGUGGAAAGCAGUAGCCUGUCUUCAGGGGGUCAGUUAGUGGACUGCACUUUGAAGGAGUUUCUUUGGCAGCAUGUGGAGCUGGUGCUGAAUAAGAAAGGCUUUGAUGACAGUGUAGGUCGCAAUCCACAGCCCUCGCACUUCGAGUUGCCCACUUAUUCCAAAUGGGUGCAUGUUGCAUACAAACUUUACCAGGUCAUGAUGGAGAACAGUGAAGAUGAAGCAGUGGAGCUCUCCCUCAAGGUGCAGGGGCAGCUCAAAGUACUGGAGGGAUUUCUUGACGCAGAUGCGAAGUUCUCGGAAAACAGAUGUCAGAAAGCUUUGCCCUUGGCUCAUAGUGCGUACCAGUCAAACCUUCCCCAUAAUUACACCACAACAGUGCAUAAGAACCAGCUAGCACAGGCAUUACGAGUGUACAGCCAGCAUGCAAGGGGAGUCGCCUUUCAGAGAUAUGCCGUACAGCUUCAUGAAGAUUGCUACAAAUUCUGGAGUAAUGGACAUCAGCUCUGUGAGGAGCGCAGCCUGACAGAUCAGCACUGCGUGCACAAAUUUCAUCUGCUGCCAAAGCCAGGGGAGAAGCCAGAAAUGGACCACAACCCACCUAUUAUGUACCACAAUAGCAGAGGUCGGUCAACAAGUUCUUGUAACUGUGGCAGGAAGCAGUCUCCCAGAGAAGAUCCAUUUGACAUCAAAGCUGCCAACUAUGACUUUUAUCAGACGCUUGAGGAGAAAUGCUGUGGUAAGCUGGAGAGGAUACAUUUCCCUGUGUUCCAAGCCAGCACACUUGACCCAGCCCCUGCCAGUGAUGAGGUGCCCAGACCUGGAGAGGUACCUCCAUCAGUGGAAGCUGAUCGUCUAAAGGAAAAAGAGACUAGUACUCACACUCCUGGUGAUAGCACAAGCCUGAGCCUCGCUCUUAGUUUGGGGCAGUCUACUGACAGCCUUGGAACAUUUGGUGAUGGAGCGGAAGGACAGGAGAAGAGACCAAGCUUGGUGGACAGACAGCCUUCCACCGUUGAGUAUCUCCCUGGCAUGUUUCAUUCUGGCUGCCCCAAGGGACUGUUGCCUAAGUUCUCAAGUUGGUCUCUUGUUAAACUUGGUCCAGCUAAGGCUUACAACAGCCUCACUGGUUUAGAGCAACCUGGAUUUCUCCCUGGCUCUGCUUUUCUGCUGCCAUGGGAUGUUGUCAUACGUAGCCGGUCAGAGGAAGAAGUGGGAUCGAUUGAGCCUCUGGAUGGAGGACCAGCCUCGUGGCCAGCCCCAAAUAAAGCAUCUGCUGGAAAGCGUGGCAGUGCCGGGGGAAUAGGACGAGGACGCAGACGGGACGAUGUUGCUCGUGCAUUCGUUGGAUUUGAGUAUGAGGACAGCAGAGGGCGCCGUUUCCUUAGUUCUGGCCCUGAUAAAGUAGUGAAAGUGCUUGGGCAAGGUGGGCCAAAGGAACCAGCUAGCAGAUGCUUGAAUUCAGACAUGCCUUUGUACAUUACCUCUCCAGCGCAAGGUCGAGGUAUCAAGCCACACUAUGCUCAGCUGGCUCGUCUUUUCAUUGUGGUCCCUGAUGCUCCUCUUGAAAUUACUCUUAACCCACAGGUCCAGCCAGGCCCCCUGCCAUGUCCCAUUUUCCAUCCAGAGCAGCCUGAGGUUGUGCUGCCCCCUGAUGGACUCUGGGUGCUACGCUUCCCUUAUGCCUACGUGACAGACCGAGGACCCUGUUACCCUCCCAAGGAGAACCAGCCACUGGCAAACUUCAGGGUGCUGAGAGGCGCUCUACGUGCCAACACAACUAGUUCAACUCCACAAUAGCAAAAA